AUGAACACAACUGCAUCGUAUUCAUCAGAACAAUCGUGGCUAACCCCAGCGCACAGUCGGCGCGGCUCGUUAGAGAGCACUCUUAGUAUCCAGGGAAAGGAGACAGAUUAUGUGCGCGACACGAGCGACACAGAUUGCUCCAGCGACAAGGGGGAGUACGAGCCGGUGACGGAGCCCGAGGAUGAGGGGCCGUUGGACUGGGACUCCUCUGGACAGAGCGACAACGAAAUAAUAGCGACAAAAGUGAUAGAAGUGAGCGUCGGUGACGACGGGGAUCUCGAGUUCGCGGACUCUGAGCAGGACGAGUCUGAGGGCAGCGACUCCGAGAUGGACCUGCACGACUUCUGGGAGUGCGCGCAGUGCCGCGCCGAGAACAACAACCCGCUGUACCGGUACUGCGAGAAGUGUUUCAAGGUACGUAAAAACUUCUUCCCGCCGAGGCCGAGAAAAAACAAGCGUAAGCGAGUAUCAGACGUUCCGCGAACUAGCUCGGUCGAUUCCGGGGUCGAAUCCGCCUUUAACAGCCAGGAGAGUCUAUCCCAGGCCACUGAACAUGAUAGCCAGGUUACUAAUAGCCAGGGAACUGAUAGCCAGGUUACUAAUAGCCAGGAGACUGAUCUGAGUCAACCUGGCUCCAGUCAAACAGAGCUAAGUCAACCUGAUUCCCAAGGUACAUCCUCUACGCCGAUUUUAGGCAGACUUUUAAAGCGCCGCGCUGAAUCCGCCGAUCGUCAUAACAAGAGAAUGAGAAUCGAUUAUUCCGAUAGCGAUAGCGAUGAUGAUGAGCCUAGACGUAGGAAAGCUAAAAGCGCCGAUCCCGAAGUAGCACCUUUGGUUAAAACUAUUAGCGAUCCUUCAUUAACUAUCGAUGAUUCGGUCAAGCUUACUAAGAAAGCGAUUAUCAAUUCGAUUAAAGAUAAAUUCGAUAACGAGAAUCUGUGCAUAAUUUGCUACGCUGAGCCAAAGUCGGCAGUUUUCGUGCAUGGUAGGAUAGCGCAUAUUUGCUGUUGCUAUGAGUGCGCGAAUAAAGUUUGGAGGAAGGCUAAAAGGUGUCCGCAGUGCAAUUGUAAAGUUAGUAAUGUUUUGAGAGUUUUGUAGAUAUGUGGACGUACGAGUAUGUUUAUAAAGGUUUCUACUAAAAUUUAGUAUUCAUAGCAAACU